AUGAUAAAACUAACCACGGAAAUAAACCUCCAGGACUUUAUCCUGUUCCUGCCAGCAGUUGCGGUGGGAAAUGUCGCGCAAUUAGCGAUUGACUUGCUAAUAACUAGCCAAAAUAUGAAGAAAAUCGGUUAUGCUGCAAAUUCCUGCUUCAUUCCGAUCCUCGGAGCGGAUCCUUAUGUCAAAGACUCGUCGGAUCUCUGCACCAGUGCGGAUUUCUACGUUCAGGAAAGCAAGAAGCUAGUCGCUUUGCAGAUCCGGUCGCCUGCGGUUAAGAAUCUCCAGGGGUUCUUUAAGGAUUUGGGGAAAUUCGUCGCCGAUAAUAAAAUUUCAAAGGUGGUGAUCCUGACCAGCGCUUGGGCCCAUACCAGGUCGGACAUCCAGAUCCGCACAGAGCCAAUGCGCUUCCUGGCAUCUCCCAGCUGCGGAGAGAUUUUCUCCGGUCUGGAUUUUCUGGAGCUUGAAACAACCAAAGACGAAGCAGGUCGCGAGGGCUUUGAAAUUUCUGGAGGGGGUUUCGCCUUGAAAUUGCACGAAUUUUUAUCAAACCAGGGGAUUCCCUCGGUUGUAAUUCUGCGGUUCUGCUCAGAGGGCGACAACGUUCCUGACGCGGUUGCAGUUCUUGAGUACCUCAACAGAUGGCUGGCUUUUGGGUUCGACGCUAAGAAGGUUAAGUUCCCGGAUUCGUGGGAGUUUUUGUUCGGAAACGCCGCGCCAGUGGAUAUUUAUUAG